ACACAGAGAAAAAGGAGGGUGGGGGUGUGCAGAGAGGAGAUGUCAGGGAGGCUGGAAACAGGGCAGGAGAGAGAGGUCAUAACGAAGAGGAAAAGAGACAAGAGAGGCAGCAGGAGACAAACGGCUUGUUUUUUGAGUCUUUUUAUUUUGUUUUGUUUUGUUUCGUCCCUCUGGAUCACCUGGAUUACUUCUACUCUCUGCAGAAAGUAACUUCUCAUAAUUGGAACCUCAGCAUCUACCUUGCCUAUAUGUUUGCAUGUGUGCAAUAUCUGCACUUAAACAGAUCGGAGCGCAUCCACCUGAGAGAGACGCAGGCAGAUGAUGGAACCUGCACACCUCUCUCUUGCACUCUUCUUCCUCAUCUUCUCUCCUGUGAGUGGCCAGUGGUGGAGUUUGUUCUGGGGAAAUCCUAAAACCACCACCAUUCCUCCUUCUGUUACCUCUCCAACCGUAACUUACCCCAGAUUUUCUGAGACCUCGGGCACAACAGCAGUGUGGUCAGUAAAAGUGGACGAGGUGCCAGCGAAUGCUGUGGAGGGUGUUCACACAGAAGGGUCUGCUUUGACCCCCACUCAGCCCAGCUCAGGAGUGUCACCGUCUGGUUUCACAACUACAGAUCACUGGACAUUUCCUACAGGGAAGACUGCAGGUGGAGACAGUAAAAGUGGGUCUUCGGACAAACCCCUGAAACACUGGAGGAAUGAGCAACGCUCAGGAAGUUAUCUGAACCUAACGGACUUAAUUGGCUUCCCCCUCCCUCCCUCUGUGUCCUUCACUGCUGGCUUUGAGGGUCAUCCAGCCUACAAAUUUGGGUCUCAAGCCAAUGUCGGCCGACUCACCAAAACCUUUGUGCCGGGAUCGUUCUACCGGGACUUUGCUAUCAUCGUCACGGUGCGCCCAGCUAGCCAGAGAGGUGGCAUGCUCUUUGCCAUCACAGAUGCCCAACGCAAGGUGGUGAAGCUGGGUUUGGCCCUCACUCCAGUUCGCGAGGGCCUCCAGAGCAUCUUACUGUACUACACUGACCAGGAGCAGGCCUCCCACAGCCACAAAGCGGCUGCCUUUAGCGUCCCGGAUAUGACUGACCAGUGGACACGAUUCACGGUGGUGGUGGAGCAUAAUGAGGUCCGUCUCUACUUGGACUGUGGAGAGGCCGAGAGUAAGGACUUCCAUCGUAGGCCAGAGAAACUCACCUUUUCACACAAUUCAGGCAUUUUUGUAGCUAAUGCAGGAAGCACGGGGCUUGACAAGUUUGUGGGUUCGAUUCAGCAGCUGGUCAUAAAAGACGAUCCAAGAGUGGCUGAGGAGCAGUGUGAAGACGAUGAUCCUUAUGCCUCGGGGUACGCCAGUGGAGACGAGGCUUUGGAUGACAGAGAGACAGAGAAAGAGCUGAGGAAGACCGCACAGGAGGAGGGUGUUCCCGUUAGUGCUCCGCCCACUGAUGCUCCAGAGAAAUUUGAGGACUUUUCUCCUCACACGGGUCCAACAGAAGCUCGAAUGGACCUGAUGACAGGGCUACACCGAACAGAGGAGGCGGGAGAGCAGCCACAAGGUGGUGAUGUCAGGUUAAAAGGAGAGCGCGGUGAUCCUGGCCCACCUGGCCCACCUGGUCCACCAGGUCCUCCCAGUGUAUUCAGAGAGACUAACCUUGGAACAUCUGGCCCACAGGGACCACCAGGAUCUCCUGGGCUGCCAGGGAGAGAUGGACACAAGGGAAGCAAAGGUGAUAAAGGAGAUCCAGGCCAAAAAGGGUUUCAAGGAUUUCCAGGCUUGAACGGAGUAGUUGGAGCUAAAGGAGAGAAGGGAGACCCGGGAGUUGGUUUACCAGGCCCCCCUGGCCUUCCUGGACCCCCUGGACCCCCCAGAUCACGCAGUGUACCUUAUGGACCAGAUGCCCUGGGUUCUGGGUUUGAAGACCUGGACAGCGAUGCUGAACUCAUCCGGGGUCCUCCCGGUCCACCGGGCCCUCCAGGACCUCCUGGUCCCCCUGGACCCCACCUGUCCUCAUCUGCCACCACUGAAGGACUUUCUCCUGGGCAUGCUGGACCACCUGGUGCACCUGGCAGUGAUGGCCUUCCAGGCAAACAAGGAGUACCAGGUCCAGCAGGAAAAGAUGGUCCUCCAGGUUCACCUGGGGCUGCAGGCGAGAAGGGUGAGCAAGGCCUACCUGGGCCUCCUGGGCCAAAGGGUGAAUGUGGGUCAACAGGUGUCCAAGGAAUUCCAGGGCCUCAAGGGCCUAUUGGUCCAGAAGGAAAGAGAGGCCUUCCAGGUCCACCAGGACCCCCUGGCCCACCAGGGCCUCCAGGAACCAAAUUCUUUGCAGAGGAUAUGGAGGGAUCUGGCAUGACUGAUCAAAUUACUGGAGCUGGAGUCAGAGGCCCACAGGGUCCACCUGGCCCACCAGGACCACAGGGUAAGGAUGGAGCACCAGGAGCUCCAGGGCUCUCUGUCAAGGGUGAACCAGGAGACCCAGGACCAGAGGGUCUUCGGGGUCCUGCUGGACUACCAGGUCCUAGGGGGGCCAAAGGAGAGAAAGGCAGUCCAGGACCCAAGGGUGAAAGAGGAGCUGAUGGCCUCAGUAUCCAAGGACCACCUGGGCCUCCUGGGGCUCCUGGACCUGUCAUUAAUCUACAUGAUCUGCUCUAUAAUGUUACAGAGGGUAUCCUCAACGUCACAGAGAUCAGAGGACCACCCGGGCCUACGGGUCCUGAAGGCUUGCCUGGCAGAGCUGGAUUUCCCGGCCCCAGGGGACCAAAGGGAGACAUAGGACCUACAGGUAUCCAGGGCCCCCCAGGGCUUAAGGGAGAGAAAGGAGAACCAGGGGUGACAAUUGCUGCUGAUGGAUCUCUCCUGUCUGCACCAAGAGGCCCUCAAGGGCCCAAAGGCACAAAGGGUGACCAUGGCUUCCCAGGACCUGCUGGACUUACGGGUCCAAUAGGACCUCCUGGACAAAAAGGAGAAUAUGGUUUCCCCGGGCGACCAGGGCGACCUGGUAUCCCGGGGAGAAAAGGUGACAGAGGAGAUUCUGUUGGCCUACCGGGACCUCCAGGUCCUCCCGGCCCACCUGGACUUCCAGGAAGAAUUAUUGGUCUGAAUGGAACAGUGUUCCCGGUGCGCCCCAGACCACAUUGCAAAAUGGGACGAGAGUCAAUGACAAGGGGACAUUCAGCUGGACCUAAAGGAGACAAAGGAGAUGAGGGAUUACCUGGGGAGCCAGGAACACCUGGGCUCACAUUUCCAGAUGAAAAUGUGGGGACUAAAGGUGAUCAGGGAUACAAAGGUCAGAAGGGAGAAAAAGGGGAUGUGGGCCUGCCUGGUCCUCCAGGGAUCCCAGGGAGGUCAGGACUUGUGGGUCCGAAAGGCGAAUCCAUUGUUGGUCCAAUGGGUCCUACUGGUUCUCCUGGUCAGCCUGGACCUCCAGGAUUUGGACGGCCUGGACCUCGAGGUCCACCUGGCCCUCCUGGGCCCCCAGGACCACCCCCUCCAUACGGAUCAACUGUCAGUAUCCCCGGCCCUCCCGGUCCUCCUGGUCCACCAGGCUCUCCAGGAUAUGCAAACUCUGUUACCAGCUAUAAGACAAUCCACGCCCUCACCCAAGAGGCACACCAUGCUGCUGAAGGUACCUUGGCAUAUGUGUCUGAAAGGGGAGGCGAGCUGUACAUCAGAACACGCAAUGGUUGGCACAAGAUCCAGCUCGGAGAGUUGAUCCAUUAUGAACCUUCAUCAGACACAUCUCAGUCCCUCAGCAGACCCGGAGAAUGGAGUAGAGCCCAUAGGAUACACAGCCAGGAGCUGCAGGAGGGAAGCAGAGGAUACCAGCACAGUUAUAACCUGCUACCACAGCAUUUCAAUGCAGUCUCUGGGCUUCAUCUCGUAGCACUGAAUGCCCCACUCAAAGGAGAUAUGCGUGGCAUCCGCGGAGCAGACUUCCAGUGUUACCAACAGGCACGCGCCGUGGGGCUCACCUCCACAUACAGAGCCUUCCUGUCAUCACACCUUCAGGAUCUGGCAACCAUUGUCAGAAAGGCUGACCGCAAUGACAUGCCUGUGGUUAAUCUGAGGGGUCAAGUGUUGUUCAAUAGUUGGAUGUCCAUCUUCUCUGGGAAUGGAGGCGUGUUUGAUCCGUCCACACCCAUCUACUCCUUUGAUGGACGCAAUAUAAUGAGUGACUCGGCUUGGCCAGAGAAGCUGGUUUGGCAUGGCUCCAGCACCACGGGCAUCCGCCUGACCACUAACUACUGCGAGGCCUGGAGGACAGCGGACAUGGCGGUGACGGGACAGGCUGCCCUGCUGCAGACGGGACGACUGUUAGGGCAGCACGUGCGCUCCUGCUCCAACCACUAUGUAGUGCUGUGUAUAGAGAACACAUAUGUGGGCAACAUGCAUCAAAGAAGGAACUGAGCAAACAAACACACACACACACAUAAACACAUGCAGGCAUGAUCUAAGUAGAAGAUGUGAGACAUGAAUGGGAAACACAUGCGGGCACAUACGCACUUAAUGAUGUACUUCAGCUCCCACAUGCAAACAUACCGAGAAACACUCCCACACUAACAUGCAUUCACAUUUAAAGAGGGCUUAUCAUACUCAUUUCCAGCUCCAUAUUUUUAUUUUUGGACUGUGCUAGAGUAACUUUGCUUUAUUCACAAUUCAAAAUAAUCCUUAUUUAUCUUAUACUGAGGAAGCACUUCAGUGCAGUCACGUCCCUUCCUGUUUCUUCUGAUUGGCUGCCACUCAUAAACACCAAAUUCAGAAUUCAGUAGCAGGUGGGCGGGGCUUUUUCACUCACAGUCUGAACUGUGAUAUGACAGGAUCCUCUCAAAUUCAUUAAAAGGCCCAGAGACUGAACCUUUGGCCUCAUUAUUUGAAACUUUGGUCAUCCUUGUAACACUGUAACAACAAAAAUAUGAUAGAAUUACUCUUAAAAAUAAGACAAAACAGGAAGAGCAGUAGGUCCUCUUUAAGUUUUCUUUGUAUUGGUUUCAUGUGUAGUUCCCACUCGAAGCCGGAUUUAAGCCUGCGGGUCUUACAUGUCUGUCUGUGUCUAGAUUUUUCUUAGCCGUCUGCAUCAAACAGGCUACAGUUAUGUAGCAAGGAAAACUUCAGGCAUUCCUGCUACUGAUGAUGGAAUUUUGCCGUUUCUAUUACUGUUACUAGUCCCAUAAAAAAACUAAAACUAACCAUGCAUAAAUUUGUCUGCAAGACCUAGUGAGAAUGAAGGGCUUCAAAUUAAAAUGAGGUCAUAAUUAUAUAUGUACUUUUUUGGAGAUUAAAAAAAUGUGUCAGUAUUUUUUUUUUUUAAACAGCAGGGGCUGUCAAUUCAAAUAUUAGUCAUAUUGAAAUUGUGCUUUCAUUGUGCGCUACGUCUGAUGCUUUUAGUGAGCCUGUGCGUCAGCAGCAGGGCAGUGUAUGCGACAGUGAGUCAAAAUGAACCAAUGUGUGUUUGAGUUCACUGGUACGUAAGUUUCACAGUACGACUCAUUUUUACAUUUUCAAGACAUGUUUUAUAUAUAAUUGAUCAACUAUUCAAAAGUAGAUAAUAACACAUGAACACAUGUGAAGCCUGUGGAAACAGCUGUACACACAUCUCUUAGACUUUAGUCAGUAACUAAUGACUGAUGUGUCACCAGAAAAUGUCACAAGUGUUAAUUUCUUACAUCCGGGGAUGAAUGACAGAUGAAUGGGGGAUUUGGCAAGGAGGGGAAAAACACUCAGACACUUCAUUAGAUAUACUGGUUAAACUAGUCAUCAAUCUCAUGGCAUUAACUCAGUGCCUUUAGGCGUGUAGACAUGGUCAACAGGACUUGAAGUUUAAAACAAACACCAAAAUGUGGAAGAAAGGUGAAAAAAGAAAGAAAGGUUUAAGUCUGAAUGUGGCAUGGUUGUUGGUAUUUCAGAAACUGCUGAUCUACUGGAUUUUCAGGGUUUAGAGAAACUAGGGUUUAUAGAAAAUUACGAUAGGUAGACACCAGUAACUCAAAUAGCUAUUUGUUACAAACAAAGGAUGUAGAAGAGCAUCUCUGAACACACGACAUUAAAGCAGAUUGGCUACAGCAGCAGAAGACCACACCCUCUGCUACUCCUAUUGGCUAAGAACAGGAAUCUGAGGCUACAGUUUACACAUGCUCACAGUAGCAGGCUGGAAAAACGUUGCCUUGUCUGAUGAGUUCUGAUUUCUGCUUCAACAUUCAGAUGAUAGGGUCACAGGUCAUCUCAAACUGAUUUCUUGAACAUGACUGUGAGUUCACCUGAUCCCAGGUGAUACUGAAGGCUUCAGUAUAGGCUAACUGCACAGCUAACCGCUGUAAAACCACCAGGUUUUUUUUACGCCAUUUUUUUCAAAGCUUAGUCCUACAAAUUCGAUUUCUUUUGUUCUGCGUCCUUUUAAUAAAACUUCACCAUUAACACAUCUCUUUUGAAGUGACAAUAUUAGAGUGGACAUCAACAUUAAUAUGUACUGUAGCAGGACCUAGCGUGAAAACAGUCAGCUCACAUUCAGAUUUGGUUGUAUGAGGUUGGAACAUGUAUGUAUAUAAAUAUAUAUAUGUAUGUGUGUUGUUCAGGUGUUGUUUAUUUUUUACUCUGUAGGUUUUGUAUGAAGCACACUAAAAGACUGAAGGCCUCCUCUCACCGUGCUUUCACUGAGGCGUAGCUCGUUUUUCUGCUGUCUGACCUUAAUGUCUCUGUUCAAACAAAACUUGAGCGUCUGAGAAAAAACAGACGGUUUGUACUGACUGACUGGUGCUCACUGAAUAAAAUGUCACGUGUUUUUUUGCUUCUUUUUUUUUUUUUUUUUUAAAGUUGUGGCUCAUUUAAUGUCCCCCACCAUGUGUUCAACAAAAUUAAAAGUUAUGCAGAAGAAUCAACGAGAACAUAGGUAAGCUAGCAAAAAAAACAGCUUUUUAUGUAAACUGCUGCAUUGUCAGUGCAUUUUAUAUUUGGAAUCGUACAUUUUACCAAUUUCUUUCCCCCACAGUCAGCAGUUUGCAGAUGCAUCACGUUUCAGAAGUAGUUCUCAAUGAGAGGCUAAAACAUGUUGCAACAGUCACAGUAAUUAGAAAUCAGGAUUUUUAAAAAUAUUAGCUAAUAUCACCCUAUUAGUCAACAUUGUUAGCUAACAUUAGUUAAAAUUGUUAGCUAACAGGGUAAUAGGUAAAACUUUCAUUUAUAUGAAGUUUAGAAAAGAAAAAAGAUGGAUGUGCAAUUUUUUUUCUGUUUUGCUAGGAAAACAGGAAAUGGGCGCAGCAAUGUACUAAAGCAUCCAAAUGUGCAUCGAAAUUACACAAAAGUAGAGCUUGUGAACACAAGCAGCACAGCCUGAUCUUAGGCAAGCUUUCUUGUCAUUUCAGAAACAGUUCUGUGUUUUGAGGGACAUACCGAAGAUGUUGGCUGACUUUAGUUGUGUUUUCUUUUAGAACCUUGAACUCUGGGUUCUACCCAGCAGUGUGUUUGGGAUAAUUGUCAUGUUGGAUCACAAUCUGACAGUGUUUAUAGUUUAUAUAGUGUUUAUAGUUCCAUCAAUCUUAGCAAGAUUCCCAAUCCAAAUCACGACAUAGGUUCCACCAUGUUUUAUAGAUGGUUCUACACAGUCACAGUUGUACCUCUCUCCUAACCUCCUCCAUACAGAUUGAUAUCCACCAAAAAUUUCAAAUCGGGAUUAAUCACUUCAUAAGACAUGUUGCUACUCAGGUUUUGGUCUAAUUUGACAUAACACAGGCUUUUCUCUCUGUUUUCUUCCCUGUUACACUUAAAAGGUACAGUUAGCUAUUUUUUGAUAUUAUAUAAUAAAAAAAUAAUAUCAUCAUCAUAAAUAUAUAUUAUUAAGUGUAAUUUUACCAUUUCACUGUCUGUAAUUGUAAAAUGUUUUCCAACAAACUAAAUUGAACUACUAACAUACAUAACAUUGCCAAAGAUGGAGGAGAAAAAAGCUUGUAGGCAUUUGUGCCAGCACUUUCAGAAAGAAGAUAUGAGGGAGCAUAGCUAUGUUUUAUCAUCGGAGGUCUCCCUCAACAAAGAAAUGAACAAAUGAAGGAAAGAAACAACCUGACCAACAUUUUAAUAAAACACCAUCUCAUCCCCCCUCACCUCAACAGUCAACUCCAGAAGUGAAGUCGGGGCUCUAACAGCCUAAAACAGGCAUAAAAAUGUUUCUCAAUUCCCAAUAUUUCACAAUUACUUAAUGUUAGUAGUAGCAGUAGGAAGUAACGAAGUACAAAUACUUUGUUACUGUACUUAAGUGGAUCUGUAUAUGUACUUAUUUUCUGACAACUUUUUACUUUUACUCUGUACAUUUUUAUGAAAAUAGUUGUGCUUUUUACUCCUUACAUUUUCAAAACAAGCUUAUUACAUUAGGUUCAACGGUAUUAUUUAUAGCAUUCAUGCUCAAUUGUUCAUAAGUUGUGGUGGUCUGUCAUCAGUUUCUAGCCGGCACUAAAGAAGAGGCGCGAGCGUGAGGGGAAUAACAUUUUUUUAACCGACAAGUAAUUUCAAAUGCAAUGUUUCUGUCCACACAGACAGUUUUUACAGUCUGUGCAAACUGUCUGUAUUUCCUAGAGCGAGAAAAGAGUGUGUGAUGACUAUACUCAGAGAUGGAGAAAGAUAAGAAAGACAGGAGAGGAAGAAGAGAGAAUUUAUUGAAAGACUGAAAGGACUCCUCAGUGGCAUUUGAUAAACUGACAAUUUAAAGGUUACAUGUGACAUCGUCAUUUUAAAUUACACAUUGGAUUUGCAUAUGAUGUUUUGAUACAUUAUGAAUUUUCAUAUUGUGAUUUUUUUUUUUUGAAGUGAUUCAGGUGGAAAAAUUGUAAAAUAAUGCAAAAUACUUAAUCGACACAUAUCACUUAUUUGAUUCCCGAUUUAUUGCUAAGUUUUAAUAUUAUUUAAAUGUUAAAAAAUAAUGUGUACAAAAAUAUCUUUAUACACAACCAGUAAAAGAAAGUCAAUGCAGUUUUAUGUAUAUAGCCACAAAUCACAACAACAGUUACAUCAGAGCACUUUACGUUGUAAUGUAAAGACCGUACAAUAUUAGAGAAAACCCUAUCAAUCGCACAAACCCCUAUGCGCAAGCACUUGGCAAGAGCGGGAAGGAAAAACUCCCUUUUAACAGGAAGAAACCCUUGCAGGAGGCAGGGUGGCACAUACCUCUUCAGUGAACUAUAUGAAAAUCCCCUAUAUGUAAACAGAGUCAACAAAAUAGUCACAAAAACAGCAGGAGGGUGUCAAGACAUCACCGGUCUUUCUGAUCCUUUUGUCUUGGUAGAGAUCACGCAGAGAUGUUUCAGAGUUUCACACAAUCCUUUUAUUAGCCAUUUCCUGGCAGCAGAGAGGCAGUUGCCCCCCUGUAGAUGUGCCCCUGGUCUACACAUAACAGUCUCAGGUUGUUACUCAUUAAGAAUGUCCUGGGUAAUCUCCCCAUCUUAAACUUAGAAUGACAUUAACAAAAUGAGACUGAGCGCUUACUGUGGGUCACAUCUAAGGGCUUCUGUAGGACUGAGUCAAAGUCUUCUUUCAACUAUAGGUACGACCCUGGUGGCCAUUAAGAAAAAUGCAAGUUUCAGGCAUUGCCUUGUUUCAAUUCAAUGAAAAAAUAAAAUCAAAAAGGAAAAACAGCCACCGUCAUGUCGUAACAAAAGAUUCAUUUUAUUAAAUGUUAUGUACAAGACAUUCCUGAAUCAAAACAUCAAGUCCAUAACAUUUCAUCUUCUGUUACCUUUACAUCUUCUCAUAACCUUUUUACCCACCCCCCCACACACACACACACACACACACAAAAAAACAACAACAAACAAACAAACAAACAAACAAACAAACAAAAACAAAACAAAAAAACCAGGUGUGCUUCAAUUUUCAAAAAAAGUUUUAAAACCCCCCCUUAUUGCACCAGACCCUUACACACUUCAGUCCCAAGGUGGCUAUGAGGGUGUCAGUCUUAAAGAAAAAAGGGGAAAAAUAAUUACUGUAAGCCUGCAUCCCUCAAAACAA